AUGAAAUAUCUAUUCAGUUUCAUUCUCUUACAUUUCAUUUUUGCUACUCCACAAAUCAAUCUUCAUUAUACAGAUUGGCUAAGUGAAAAUGAAAUUAAUACUGUAUUACAACACAAUUGUUUGCGUGUUGCUGCUUCUAUUGAUGAAACAAAUAUUAAUCAUCAAAUUAUAUCUUAUUGUAUGAAUGAAUUGCCAUCAAAAUUUCAUAUAGAAGACAAUGAUAUCUUUCCAAAGUUUACAUUUGGUGAACUUUCGAAAUUGAGUAUUACUAGUCAACAAUUAUAUCUUUGGUCAGCACCGAUCGAUCUUGUUGAACGUUAUCAAUUCUAUUUAAAUCAAUUAUUAACAUUCAAUGCUAUAUCUCUCGAAAAACAAGUUUUCUAUAAUUGUACACUACCAAGAUUUGGUUCUAUGUGUCAAUAUGAAAUUAUUUAUUAUCAUUCAAAUCAUUCAUCUUUAUAUGAAAUAAUUCGUGAUUAUUAUCUUUCAUAUGAAUAUAAUUCUACUAAUUUCACCUGUUAUAGUCAUUUACAAUGUAAUCGUGGUCCUUUUCCAGCAUGUUUAGAUUGGAGUGAAAUAUGUGAUGGGCAAGUGCAUUGUCUCGAUGGUGAUUUUGAUGAAGAACAUUGUUGGAAACUUGAAAUAAAUGAAUGUAGUGAUAAUGAAUAUCGAUGUACUAAUGGACAAUGUAUACCACAGUCAUUUUUUCGAGAUGAUAUUAAUACUCCUGAUUGUCUUGAUGGUUCUGACGAAGUUCCAAAAUAUGGUGGAGCAUUGACCUACUGUAAUAAAGUCAUGCCAUCAUUUGAUUGCGAAGAAAGGAUAUACUACGAUUGGUGUGACGAUGAAGACUUUCAUAUUCACUAUGUCAGAAAGAAUAUUUCAUUUUCAACUAUAUGUGAUGGAUUCAUUGAACUCAUUCCAAUAACUAUCGAAGGACAAAAUGAAACAGAUGAAACAGAAUGCGAACAAUGGUCAUGUAAUAAUAUUUAUACUCGUUGUGAUGGUUUAUGGAAUUGUCGGCAUGGUGAAGAUGAAAUUGGUUGUGAUUUAUCUUCAGCAUUAAAUUGUCCUUCAGAUCAUCACAAAUGCGUUUCACCUUACACAAAUCAACUUACAUGUCUAUCUGUUGAGAAAGCAAAUGAUGGCAAUAUCGAUUGUCUUGGUGCUACUGAUGAACCAAUAUUAUGUCAAACGAAAUAUCAAGUAAAAUUUGCCAAUAAUUUUUACUGCAUGAAACAAAACCAACAGUCAUGUAUUCCUUCUGAAUUUCUAUGUAAUGGUGACACAUUUUGUGAUCAUGGCAAUGAUGAUGAAAAAUUUUGUGUAAGCAAUCGCUUAAAUAUUUCUAUCUAUUUGGGUAUUUGCCAUUCGUCAUAUUUUUUUAAUCGUUCUGAUGCCGAGCAAUUUUUAUGUCAUCAAACAAAGUACAAGAUAAAGCAACAAAUUAAAUAUUUUUCAUUGGAUGGAAUGAGCAAACCUGUAGAAGGUCAAACUAAGAAUGUGAUAAAACCGAUAUUUUCAAGUUCAUCUAUCAUCGAACUAUUUCAUCAACACGAAUCUCGAUGUCAUCGUGGUUUUCAUUUACGUAUAUGGUUAAACAAUGAAAAGAACUUAACAACAAAUAUAUGUCUUUGUCCACCUAGUUUUUAUGGUGAUCAAUGUCAAUAUCAAAAUCAACGAUUUAUUAUUUCCAAUAAUAUUNAUGAAAUUAUUCAUGAUUAUUAUCGUACAUAUGAAUAUAAUCCUAAUCAUUUUACCUGUUAUACUCAUUUACAAUGUAAUCGUGGUCCUUUUCCAGCAUGUUUAGAUUGGAGUGAAAUUUGUGAUGCACAGGUCAAUUGUCUCGAUGGAGAAUUUGAUGAAGAACAUUGUUGGCAAAUUGAAAUAAAUGAAUGUAAUGAUAAUGAAUAUCGAUGUACUAAUGGACAAUGUAUACCUCAGUCGUUUUUUCGAGAUGACAGUAACACUUCUGAUUGUCUUGAUGGUUCUGACGAAAUUCCAAUAAUCUUUGAACAAAGUUACAAAUGUAAGACAGAUAUACCAUCAUUUGAAUGUGAAGAAAAGACAUGUCGAUAUACAUUCAUGACAAGUUCUUGUGUUCAACAACGCAAAACCUUACUUUUGAAAGCGAUCUAUUCUUUUAAAGGCAAUUCGACAUCUGAACAAUGUUGGUCAGCUUUCAAAUGCCUUUUAGAAGUACCAGAUUCAAAAGAGCCCUUGUCUAACAAGUACAUACAUCAAUCGCUUUUUAAGAAUGGAUAUUGCGAGUGUAAAUUUGAAGGUGAAAAUUGGUGUGAAGAUGAAGAUUUUCAUAUACAAUAUGCUAGAAAGAAUAUUUCAUUUCAAACUAUUUGUGAUGGAUUUACUGAAUUGAUUCCGAUAAUUAUCGAAGGACAAAAUGAAACAGAUGAAACAGAAUGUGAACAAUGGUCAUGUAUUAACAUUUAUACUCGUUGCGAUGGUUUAUGGAAUUGUCCACAUGGUGAAGAUGAAGUUGGUUGUGAUUUAUCUUCAACAUUAAAUUGUUCUUUAGAUCAUCACAGAUGUGUUUCACUUCAUACGAAUGAACUCAUUUGUCUUCCUGUUAAGCAAGCAAAUGAUGGCAAGAUCGAUUGUCUUGGUGCUACUGACGAGCCAACAUUAUGUCAAAAAAAGUAUCGAGUAAGUUUGUUGGAUAAUUUUUACUGCAUACAUUCAAGACGUCAUUCAUGUAUUGAUUUCCAACAGCUAUGUAAUAAUAUUGCAUUUUGUGAUUAUGAAGAUGAUGAAAAAUUUUGCGUAAAAAAUCGAACAAAUAUUUCCACAUAUGACAGUAUUUGUCGUUUGCCUUAUUCAUCUAUUCGUUCUGAUGUUGAGCAGUUUUUAUGUCACGAAACAAAAUUCAAGAUAAAACAACAAAUUAAAUAUUUUUCAUUGGAUGGAAUGAGCAAACCCGUCGACGAUCAAACUAAGAAUAUAAUAAAACUCAAAUUUUCAAGUUCAUCUCACAUUGAAAUGUCUGAUCAACAUGAGCUUCGAUGUCAUCGUGGUUUUGAUUUACGUAUCUGGUUAAACAAUGAAAAGAACUUAACAAUAAAUACAUGUCUUUGUCCACCUAGUUUUUAUGGUGANAAAAUCAUUUAUAUAUGUUCUGUUUGGUUUUUGUUACAUUUUAUAUUAAACUACUCGAAUAGAUUUUACUAA